UUAAAAGUACCGACAGACGUAAAAGCGUGCAGCAUGCAGCAGGGAUAUGGUUUUAUUGUGGUUUUCCUUUCUCUCUGUCUGCAAGAGCACAUUGAAAACUCAAACAGAAGAGAGAACACUCCCUCCCUGCAUCCCUUUGGGGGGGUAACGCACCCCAACGGCGGCCCAGGGCUCAGGAGUGGAGAGACCCCGAGGCCACGUGACACCCUCAGCUAGGCGGCUUGCAGCUUGCUGUCACUGGGGUGCAGGGGAAUGGAAACUGUUGCCACCAACAGCAUUUGCUAGCAACUUCCUUCUCUGUGGUUUUUCUCUGUCAUUCCCUUGAUAAAAGAACUCAUGCUGCGUAAAUGUAACCAACAUUCACGACUUUCGUCGUCACAUGAAAACAGCCACCUUCCAAGGAGCGAGCUGCCUGGAACAUGAAACACAAUGUACUCUAAACUGGGUCACUCUCCACCCAGAGGGCUGGGCGCGUGGCUGACGCUCCAUGUGUAUCCCCUGUGCCGCAGGCUUCGAGCAUCUUCGACAGCCCAGAGAGCUGCAGAAAUGGGGAACAGCAUGCGAUCCACCCCGGCACCGCCAGAGAGGCCUCUGCCCUGCUCAGAUGGACUGGACAGUGACUUCCUGGCUGUGCUGAGCGAUUACCCAUCUCCUGAUAUCAGCCCCCCAAUCUUCCGCCGAGGGGAGAAACUGCGUGUGAUUUCUGAUGAAGGGGGCUGGUGGAAAGCCAUUUCCCUUAGCACUGGCCGAGAGAACUACAUCCCCGGAAUCUGCGUGGCCAGAGUUUACCAUGGCUGGCUGUUCGAGGGGCUGGGCAGAGACAAGGCCGAGGAGCUGCUGCAGCUUCCCGACACCAAGAUCGGCUCCUUCAUGAUCAGAGAGAGUGAGACAAAGAAAGGUUUCUACUCGCUCUCGGUGAGACACCGGCAGGUGAAGCAUUACCGCAUCUUCCGCCUGCCGAACAACUGGUACUACAUCUCGCCGAGGCUCACCUUCCAGUGCCUGGAGGACCUGGUGAACCACUAUUCCGAGGUGGCCGAUGGCCUGUGCUGCGUGCUGACCACGCCCUGCCUCACUCAGAGCACGGCUGCCCCAGCAGCGAGGGCCCCCGACUCGCCCGUCACCUUGCGCCAGAAGACCCUGGACUGGAAGAGGAUGUCCAGACUGCAGGACGGUGCCGAGGACGCGGGAAACCCGCUCGGCGUGGACGAGUCCCUCUUCAGCUACGGCCUGCGGGAAAGCAUCGCCUCCUACCUGUCCCUGACCUGUGAUGACAGUGCUCCCUUGGACCGGAAAAAGAAAGGCACCUCCUUGAUGCACCCUGGGAGCAAGAGAAAGAGCACCUUCUUCUCGUCGCCGCCCUACUUCGAAGACUAGCGGCCGCGCCGACGCCACGCGUGUGCCCAAAGGAGCGGAGCUCCACCGUCCCCCGGGGCCUGCAGACAGGCAGUUGCCUGGCCCCUGGGAACCUCACGUCUGCCAGAAGCCAAGAGAAGCUGCGAGAGACUCGAACAGCCACUCUCUGCCCACGUCACGGCACAGGGACCCCUCCCUGUUGUCUGACCCUCGAUGUCGUGGGGCGAAGCUUCGGAAGAGCCCCGCUUGUAUGUCAUGUGUGUGCUCGUCACGUCUGUGGGAAGGACAGACCCUCUCUCCCGAGCAAGGGCACAGGGACUAUCCCCCAACACACUGUCCAGAGGGUCACUCUCUGAGCUCACAGAGAAAACUCCUGAAUGAGAAAAGCCCGAGGAGAAGAUGAGCCAAAAGCUGUGUCCCGGCCAAAGGACUAGGUUGCAAAUUGGUCCCCUGCACGGAGCUGUCUUGGCCAAUCGACCGAGCCCUUCGGUCCACAUCUCCUCUCUCCCGAAGGGACUCGGUGACACUAAGUGUUGGCCUUCCUCCUUGGCCCUGAAGCAGGGGCUCUCCCUGCCCUGCUCGUUCCAGAGCUGCACGUGCAGAAGUCAGAAGCCUCCCCCCAUCUGCAGGGGCAGGGCCAGUGGGAGGGGGCUGCCGGCGGGGGGCACAGCACGGGGCCUGAACUGUGCGCUGUCACCACGGCCCGGCCUCCGCUUCGCAGCACAGAGAGCUUCUGUGGGGCGCCUGUGUUAACGCAUCCGUCCUUCCCUCAGGGUUGCCUGGAGAGGCCUGUGUUACAGUCUACGUAAGCUGACAGGUCAGAAAAACAAAAGGAAAGGAUGACAAAGCCCUGGCUCCAGCGGAGGCUCUCGCCGUGUGCCGGGAGAAAUGUGCACAAACCAGUAGUGUGGCAGUGGGUGUACACGCAGAACUCAGCUCGAGGCUCCGGGCGGGGCAGGGGCAGGUGACCCGGCAGCCCCCGUUUCAGCGAGACCCUGCGAAAGUGGAAAACCUUGCUGGGCUGAGGUCAUCUUUUGAAAACGAGGACAUUGAUCCAUUCCAAAGCAUGCACUGGCCUGGCGUUUCGUUCUGCAAAGGGUCUGGCAUCCACACGGACACAGUGCUGAGCUCCGGGAAAGGGGAGUCCGCGUGGCUUACCUCUGACCUACGUCAUUGUGAGACAUGAGAGAGAAACACCGCACACCUAGAGAGGAGGCUGUUCCUGGCCACCCGCCGGCCCUGCUCGGAGGGGCUGCAGGUGAAGCAGACUCACUUUCCCCGUGGCCAGGGGCUUGGGGCGGGACGGUGCACCUGAUGGGGUAGCUCUCGCUGCCCAACGUGAGAAGCCUGUCUGUCCACCAUUCCCAUCCGAAUAUCUGAGAUCGCCGAGCUCAUAGCACGUGGAGAUGCGUUUACAUGAUUUUCUGUAUUAUCAGGGUCCAACGUGUUUAUAUAAGAAGACAUCUGUGGUUUCCUCCACGAUCCCAAAAGGCUUCAGAGGAACUGGCCGGCAUACAGGAAGUGACUGGAAUACUGGGGACGCUGAUGUCCAGCAUGCGGCAGGGUGACCUGGCACAGGCCAAAUGUUUGUACAGGGUCUUCUGUGUUAUUUUCCGUUGUGACUCAUGUGGUUGGAAUGUGCGGGCAGGACUUGGGGGGGAUUUCUAAGUGGGAAGCAUUACGUUUUGCUAAAUCAUGUAUUUAUUCCUGAUUUAAAUAAACCGAAUACUUAUUUAACCCCUGGAACGUAGGGGGAGCUCCCUGGGCGAGCGGGGCGGUGGUACCUGCAGAAGCUGUUGUGGGUCUCACGUUCUCAAGUCAGCUUGAGACUGGAAAGAGCCAGAAACAGGGGGCAUCGCUCAGCUUCUUGAGUUUCAGCCUUAAGCACACGAGACUUUGUGACUUUGAUGAGGUCUCUUCGCACUUGAAGGUGGACAGGAAGGGGAGGGCAGAAGAGCUUCUUAGGGAUUGUUAGGGAAACUCCGUCCUGGCUGGACACCACCCUGAGUUCCUGGUGGUGAGAGACUUCUGUUCAGCGAUUUUUGUAGUUUGCUCUCCCAAGAAUUCCUUUCUGCAGAUAUUCUCUCCAGGUGCCGGAGCUGUCGCGGUGGGAACCAGAUGAGGUCUCUGCUAUCACAGAGCUCGGUAUCAUACACAAACACGCUGCUGGACUGGGGAGUGACCCGUAGGGGACUGUCCGAGCCGAGACUUGGGAAAAGCCUCCCAGGGGAGGCGUUGGAGCCGAGGCCCAAAAGAUAAGCAGCCGACAGCAUGCCAAGGUCGCGGAACAACACUGGAGCCAGUGGGUAGCGAGGAGACGCCUGGGGCA